UAGGCCCCCUAUUCGAGAUCAUCCUAACCCGCCUAAUCAAUAUAAUCAGAGGGGCGUACCACGCUACCGCAAUAGACGACUAGGGAAACCAAAUCCACUCCCUUAGGUUUUAACCCGGAACGACAUGAAGAUACCAAUCAUCAUAAUUCAUGGCUCUCUAUGAUGAUUGAAUAGUCACCCAAAUUUUCAUAAUGAGAUCUUCUCUCUUAGGUCAAUUUGUCCCUAAAUUGAGGGAAUUGAUCAAGGACACUCAAAUUUCAUGAUAAGUACUCAAUCAGUACUCAAAUUUCAUGAUAAGUAUUCAAUCUCCCUUGUUUGUAUCUUUCUCUCUCUAGGUUAAGGAACAAGAAACUCAAUCUCACUCUAAACUCUCCUCCCUUUAAAAUAGGAUCUUCUCCUUAUAUAGAUCGAUUGUGCAUGUUUCGUAGUUUCAUGUCAUGCCUGUGAACUGUGCAACAAAACUGUGAUCUCAACACAAAAAGCGUUGUUUCAUUUACACACUUCACGAUUUCCAAUUUGGCUUCACAGUCUGAGACCGUGAUCAUUGCUUUGCCUGUGAGACACACGAAAACUCUUGGAAAUCUACGAACUUCACGAUUUCAUUUUAAUCUUCAGUCUGUUGCCCGUGAUAAUCCCCUCCAACCCGUGAUUUGUGCACUUUUCUCCGUUUUGCUCCAUUUUUGAACCCUUUCGUUUGACUUUCAGUCCUUUCGCCCAUUUCACCUGCCAUGGCCGGAAUCAUAGUAAAGCAUUCCAAAAUCCAGUGUAAAAUAGCUCCAAGGACGAUGCUAAACAUGUCAAACAACCAAGUCUAAGGGGUCAAAAUAUGCAUAGAAUGGAGCGUAUCAAGAAUGUUUAUUCGAAGUUCAAAAGUUUUUUUUAGAGGGACAUGACCAUUUUGGAGGAGCUAAACAUAUAUAUUUAUAUUCGGUUAGUUGUUGGCUAACCAUUAGCCGGCUAUUCGAUUAUCGAAUACACCAGAAGCCAUUUCAACCUACUGAUAACCGCACCGCUAACUUAUGAUUGGUUAACAAUAUAAUCGUUAACCGUCGAUUAUCAGUUAGUUUAUCGAUGUAAUCGCUAAUCGCCUAACCGAGUGUCAACCUAUGACCUCUAUACUCCUUGAUUAAUAUGGUAGUUGGAAGUUGCAAUUUGCUAAAACUCAUAGAUCUUGAACAUUGACGGUCAUUGAAGGGUAAGAUUAGAUUUGGUCUUUCUCGUGACAAUUAUAAAUGGAGAGUUUGCAUGAAGUUAUUGGGAAAGGAAAGGAAAGGAAGAGGCCCCCACAGCGUAUUGAGUGCUCAAGUCCAAAUACAGACAAAAGUGAAUUGCUUGCUGCAGUCAUUGCUGUAACGUUCGAAGAGGCAACAGCCAGCCAAGCCAGCUCAAACGUGAAUUGAAAAUGAACAAGGAAUAGCCAUUGUAGAUUUGUAGUAUUAUUGUGAUUAUGCUAAAUUAUAAUACACAGGAAUUCCCAACAGAUAGAAAAAAGCCAAUUCCCUUUUCCCUCUGCAAACGUCCUCUUCAUUCUCUCUCUUUAUUUUGGCUGGUCCUUUAAAGAAAGCUCUGGUUUCCUUCCGUCUUUCUCUCUCAGCCAUUUUCUAAACAAACAAACUGCUUUGGCUCAUUGGUGCUUAGCUUUCGUCAUUGUGUUGUUUGUGGUUUUUUGUUUUCCCUCGCAGAAAGAAACAGAGAACAAGUGAAAGCUAAACUAGGCAGCCCCCAAGAAAAGAAUGUUGUCCGAGCUGAAUGGUAGUCCCUGGAUGGAUGACAACACUAACAAGGAGCACCAGCAAAACACUUCAACACCAACACUCGACACUACAAACAACAACUUAAUUAUUGAAAGCAGCACCUGUGAAUUGGUGAUGGAGACAAAAGAAGAGAUGGGUUUCAAAUCCAUGCUUGAAGUAGGCGAAGAGGAUUGGUACGCUGUGGGUAACAACAACCAGAACAACAACGUCGUCAAAGAGAUGAGCUUUUCCACAGAUGGGCUAUUGCUUCAUCACCACCACCACAACCAAGUCGAUUCCUCGUCGUCUUGCUCACCUUCCUCCUCGGUUUUCAACAACAUGGACCCUUCUCAGGUACACUACCUUAUGCAACCCAUCAACAAGCAGCAGCCACUCCACCACUCUUCCUUAUCUUCCUUGCUAGCCAAUGUAGUCUCCAACAACAACCCUUUAGACCAUGGGUUCGAUUUGGGGGAAAUUGGGUUCCUCGACAAUCAUCAAGUUGCAACAGCAACUGGUAACGUUCUAAACAGGGGGAAUGGUGGGUUGUUAUUGGGGGGUUGUGCUGAUUUUGGCUCAGUGAACAACCAGAUGGGGGGCGGUGCUCACAAUUUGCCCCAGUUUGGGAGUAAUCCUCAUCAAAUGCAUCAAUUUCCUGAAACAGGGUUCACUGGGUUUAGAGGGUUUGAGGAGGGGAAUGGGAAUAAUGGGCUGAUUUUGAAUAGGUCUAAGCUGUUGAGGCCACUAGAGAGUUACCCUUCAGUGGGUGCACAACCAACUUUGUUUCAGAAAAGGGCUGCCUUGAGAAAGAAUCUGGGCGGUGGUGAGGCAGGCAAUUUGGGAGUUUUGGGGGGUGUGAUUGAGAGGGACAAAGGGAAGAAGGAAAUGAUUCAAACUAGUGAUGAAGAUAAUCAUGAGAAGAACAAGAGGAUGAUGUUGAGCUCAAAUGGUGGUGAUUCCUUUUUGGAUGAUUUGAGCAUUGAUGGGUCAGUAGGGUUGAAUUAUGACUCCGAUGAGUUCACUGAGAAUACCACUAAGUUGGACGAGAUUUGCAAAGCCGGCGGUGGAGGGUUGAGCUCCAAUGCUAACAGUGGUGUCACCGGCGGUGCUCCAGAUCAGAAGGGGAAGAAGAAGGGACUUCCUGCUAAGAAUUUGAUGGCCGAAAGGAGGCGCAGGAAGAAGCUCAAUGAUAGGCUGUACAUGCUGAGGUCUGUUGUUCCAAAGAUCAGCAAAAUGGACAGAGCUUCGAUCCUUGGCGAUGCGAUUGAGUAUCUGAAGGAACUUCUGCAAAGAAUCAAUGACCUUCACAAUGAACUGGAAUCAACUCCUCCAGGGUCUUCAACUUUGACACCCACAGCCACAACUGCAUUUCAUCCGUUGACCCCGACCCCGUCGGCGCUGUCCAGCCACAUGAAAGACAAACUCUGCCCGAGCCCUCUGCCAAGUCCGAAUGGACAAGCUGCGAGGGUUGAAGUGAGAGUGAGAGAAGGGAGAGCUGUGAACAUCCACAUGUUCUGUGGGCGGAGGCCGGGGCUUCUGCUGUCCUCAAUGAAGGCCUUGGACGACCUUGGGCUGGACAUCCAGCAAGCAGUGAUUAGCUGCUUCAACGGCUUUGCCAUGGACAUCUUCCGGGCCGAGCAAUGCAAAGAAGGUCAGGACGUGCACCCAGAGGAAAUCAAAGCCGUUCUUCUGGAUUCGGCCGGUGGGUUCCAAGGAAUGAUUUAGGUUCUUUUGCUUUUGGCGUAGUAGGUGGUCAGCCAUAGAUUUGGCUCCAGUUAACAAAGAAAGAAAAGAGGGAAAAUAGCACCUGUUGGAUGGAUGAGGUAGAACUAGGCAAUUGGAGUUUUAGGGGGUAUGUAUGUUAUGGUUUCAGGAAGUAUUGGAUUCAGAGAUCCCAGCUUUGGUUCGGAGAAGUCUCGAGUUAGUCAAGUUUCUCUUUUUAUAACUUUCCCUCCUCAGAUUUCAUUAUAAUGCUGACGUGACCGCAAAGUGCCAUGCAAAUGAUGCACUCAUGCUAAGUUAAUCGGUAAACUCUGUUCUUUAUUACUAUUUUAUUAUUAUUUUCCCGCGGAGGUGGAAAAUAGUGAGGUCCGGACUAGAAAGGAUCAUAUGUGCGGUAUGCGGACUGCGGUCUAGACUGAGAGGGUAGAAGACAAAUCAUAAAUUAUAUGAUUCAAAUUAGACCACGCAUGUAUGUUGUAGUCCAGUACAAUCUGGAAAUAGAAAACUUUAGUGGUGAAUAUCCUAGUAAAAUAAAAUUUUAGUGAUUGU